AUUGCAGCAGGAUCGUCAGGAUUGACCCACCAGCCGGGGAUCAGACGACAACUCAGCGCAUCAACUUCGUCAAACCCGAUAAACUUUCUAGUUGGCAAUAGUUCCGGCAGGCUCCAGAUGAUUAAGGGACGACCGGCGUGGCAAAUCCGGUGAGCGCAGAGUGCAGGCUGACGAUAGCGUAGCAUCUAGAAUGGUUGAUGCCUUCUGAGCGGGGCGUUUUCUGGGUUCCAUCCUCGUCAUCUUCAUUGAAGUAUUGCCGUGCACGCGCUUGAGAGGGCAGCAGCUCCUUCUGUCUUAAGAUGGAUUCCUUGCGAACGCCCGCCAUCGUGUCGUGUUUGAAUAUUCGGCCUUAUCUAUCUUAGCUAAGCGGGCCUCGCAUGCUCAGAACACCAGUAGAUGAACGAGCAGUUCUCUUCCCUUGACAUAACAGUCCAUGCUUCGGUGUAGCUCGAGGAGCGUUCAUAGUCGACGCUGUUUCUCUGUUUGCGAUACAAUUACGUGCGGUGCUCACCCCCCCUCCCCGAUUUAGCGCCGUUGUGAUCAAGCUCUGUGACUGGAGAGUUUUCUCGAUCAAGAAGUCGGUCCAAUAGGGUUCCCGCUGCGUUUGGUUUUGUGUGGGAGCUUCAGACAUAGCUAAGCUCCAUGACGAUGCCUAUGCGAGAGAUAUUUCUCGGUUUGCCGUGAAGCGGGAAACUACUGAGCGCAGAGUAUGAGCUUUGACAACAUGCGAGAGCUUUCGAGUGUUAUCUUGAAGUUGAGGAUCAAUUGGCAGAGCAGUACGCAUGCAGGAGCGUAUUUAAGUAGCUGUUUCUUAACGAAAUGCUCUCUUUGAAAAUUAAUUUUAGCAUUUUUAUGGAAUUCACGAGUCUGCACGGAUGCUUCCGAUAAGGGAGCGAUCACCUUAUUUUGUUGAAUCGCUUUACUCAGGGUUUCGGGAGUCGCAUCAAUAUCCUCUUCACGAUGGCCCUUAUUAUGCCUCCUUCCCUCCUCCAUCUCAAUUUCCUGAGCCGUUGUCGCGGAUACCACGAUCCUCUAGUUCUAUUCCUACUUUCGGCCAUUACGACGAAUCUCCUUUUCUAGAUCUACCUCGAGGUCCCCCCCUUCGAUCUUCCAGUGCUAUUCCCGCAUAUGCUUAUCCUGGAAUGACCUAUCGUGAUGUGCACCCUCACGGUCCGCCUCCAAAUCGCCCAUUCCGCUCGACAAGUUCUAUUCCGGCCUACGAGUUGCACUCUCACGGUCGGUCUUCAAAUCGUCCAACUCGGUCGUCAAGUUCGAUACCUGCCUACAAUCUUGAGCAACCACGUUCCAAAAAAGUUGCGCCGGAAAUCGAGUUAAGAGUACCGAUGUGUUGUAGCAAAUGUGAAGCUAAGACGAAGGACGUGUUACGAAAAUUGCCAGGCGUCACUGAAGUCGUAACCGAUAGGCGCAGUUCGAAGGUUACUGUAAGCGGCAAAGUAGACCCCCAAGUAGUGUUGAAACAGAUUCAGAAGACCAAGAAGAAAGCUGAUUUCUGGACCAAGCAAAUUUACAGCCAAGCGUUUAUUGACUUCAUACAAUCUAAGACUAGCUCAGCUCAGUCUGAGGAGGAGAUGACAUCGUCUUUUCAUCAGCAGGUACCCAAGGACGAAUCGGAAAUCUAUCACGCAUAUGAGAAAAGCGAGAAUUUGUCAUCUUACGAAGAGUACCCUGGUUACUACGAGAGGGAAUGCCUGGACUCCUGCGAGCAAAUCGAGAGAGGACCGUCCCACUCUGCAUUCAACGAUGAGGAUUACGUUGAGAGAGAGCGGGAAUAUAAUAACUAUCACACCUAUGGUUCAAGAGCCGACAUUUUGUCAAAUGGCAGGUCUUCUAUGCACGGCCAUUUGGAAGAUUUUCACGGAAACAGAGACGAUAGAGCACCCCACUACGAGAGCCAUGGUGCCCCCGCUUACUUCAAGCAUUUCGAACCUUCUUCUUAUGGGACUCCGCAUCCUGAACGAGCCAGCAGAUCAUUGUAUGAGGACGUCGGUUUGUCAUACAGGCCAAGCCAAGUGUAUGGUCCAUCUGGAGUAUCGAAUCCAAGUUACAUGAAACGCGUCAUCAGCGACUACUAAACGGAGAGCAUUUAUGCACUUGCGGCACCUUCACGACCGAAAUGUAGCGACAGAAACGGACAAAUUACUCGGAGAGCAGUUUGCUGCUACAACUUCUUAGAACAAUGUACAAAGAGCUACUUGCUUACCCUUGCGCAAAACCACUUGCGUAUGCUCCGAAGUUUUGGGAGUUUGUUGGAGAUUUAUCGACUUGAUAGUUGGAGCAUUGUUAUGAAAUCCAAUUUUGAUACUUGACCGGACUCACCCUUUAGUAUGACCUUUUGGUGAUGAAUGUAGCUCGUCGUUCAGGCGCAACUGAAUUAGAGAUAGGCUAGUGGAUGCUUCCAAUUGCUGCAGCAGCUGGAGCAGGAUGGUGGAGCAUAUUAAUGCUAGAAAUCACCACUUACCAGACAAUUUGUAAACUAGUAGAAUUUUCUACACUUUUACCUCUGUUUUAAAUCAGAAAGAUUCUUUGCUUA